AUGGCUACUAAAUACUUUCCAAACGAACCAACUGGUCCUAAAGUUGUUCAAUUCCCUGGUCCUAUCAGCACUGCUAAAAAGGAAUCUUUACACAAAGUUUUCGAUAGUAGAGCAACUUAUUUUGUUGUUGAUUACAAGAAAUCAAUUGGUAACUAUAUCGUUGAUGUUGAUGGUAACACAUUCUUAGAUGUUUACGCACAAAUUGCUUCAAUUCCUUUAGGUUACAACAACCCAGCUUUAAUUGAAGUUGCUAAAUCAGAUAAAAUGAUAAAUGCUAUCGUUAAUAGACCAGCUCUGGGUAACUUUCCUGCUGAAGAAUUAGAAGAAACUAUUCAAGAUUUAUUAGCUGUUGCACCAAAAGGUCAAAAUCAAGUUUGGUCUGGUUUAAGUGGAGCUGAUGCUAACGAAUUAGCUUUUAAAGCUGCCUUUAUGUGGUAUCAAGCUAAAAAGAGGGGUUAUGCUACUGCUUUCAGUACUGAAGAAAAUGAUUCAGUUAUGAAAAAUCAAAGUCCUGGAUCUCCAGAAUUAGCUAUUUUAUCAUUUGAAAGAUCUUUCCAUGGUAGAUUAUUUGCUUCUGCUUCAACUACUUGUUCUAAACCAAUUCAUAAAUUAGAUUUACCUUCAUUCAAUUGGCCAAAAGCUCAAUUCCCUUCAUACAAAUAUCCAUUAGACAAGAAUGAAGAUGCCAAUAAACAAGAAGAUCAAAGAUGUUUAGAUAUCGUUGAAGAUUUAUUAAAAAAUUGGAAAUGUCCAAUUGCUGCUUUAUUAAUUGAACCAAUUCAAUCUGAAGGUGGUGACAAUCAUGGAUCUUCAUUCUUCUUCCAAGGUUUAAGAGACUUAACCUUGAAAUAUGGUUCAUUAUUAAUCAUUGAUGAAGUUCAAACCGGGGUUGGUGCUACUGGUACUUUCUGGGCUCAUGAACAUUUCAACAUGUCACCUGCUCCUGAUAUGGUUACUUUCUCCAAGAAAUUCCAAACUGCUGGUUACUAUUUCCAUGAUCCUGAAAUCGUUCCAAAUGUUCCUUAUAGACAAUUCAACACUUGGUGUGGAGAUCCAGCUAGAAUGAUCUUAGGUGGAGCUAUCGGUAAAGAAGUUAAAUCAAAUGAUUUAUCUGCUGUUUGUAAAAGAGUUGGUGAAUACUUAUAUGGUAAAUUAGAAGCUUUACAAGCCAAAUAUCCAACUUACUUCCAAGAUUUAAGAGGUAAAGAUAGAGGUACUUUCAUUGCUUGGUCUUUCGAAUCUGGUGCAACUAGAGAUAAAUUCUUAACUGAUAUGAAACAAUCAGGUAUUAAUAUGGGUAGUUGUGCUGAAACUUCUAUUAGAUUAAGACCAACUUUAGUCUUCGAAGAAAAACAUGCUGAUAUUCUUCUUGCUGCCAUUGAAAAGGUUAUUUCAGGUUAUUAA